CACAAACACAUCAAACAGAAAUUUGAUCGUUUUUUUUAAUUAAUUUUCUUUCUGCGUUUGAACAAACAAUAAUAAAAAUAAAUGGCAGAGCUGGUCGGGCAGGGCGUAAUGCCGCCGAAGCUCAUCACUUACCUCUCCUCUCUCCUCCAGCGAGUCGCCGACUCCAACGACCUCACGGCGGCGGCGGAGGCGGUGAAGCAGAAGUGCGAGGCGGAGGAGGAGGAGGCGGCGCAGAAAGUGUCAGUCUUCCACGGGCUGACCCGGCCGGGGAUCUCUGUUCGGAGCUACUUGGAGAGGAUUUUCAGGUACGCGAAUUGCAGCCCGUCGUGCUUCGUCGUCGCCUACGUUUACCUGGACCGGUUCAGCCACCGCCACCCCGCCCUCCCCAUCAACUCCUUCAACGUCCACCGCCUUCUCAUCACCGGCGUCAUGGUUGCCGCCAAAUUCAUGGAUGAUAUGUAUUAUAACAAUGCAUAUUAUGCAAAGGUAGGAGGAAUCAGCACAACAGAGAUGAAUUUUCUUGAAGUGGAUUUCCUGUUUGGGCUGGGCUUCCACUUGAAUGUGACACCCAUUACUUUCCAGACAUACUGUGAGCACCUCCAGAGAGAGAUGCUGCUCCUUCAUCCCUCACCGUCAGAUCUUGCACAACCAUCAUCUGCUGUAUUAUGCACCGGACGAUCAGCAAAGGAGCACCACAAGUAUAUAUGCUUCAGUGAUGAUGAAACUUCCCAUCAACAACAACAUCAACUAGCUGUUUAAAUGUUUAAUUAAGCUCAGAUCAAUUUUAAUAUAUAAAUAUUCUGUUAAUGAAUGUAGUAAAUUAGAAUAGGUGGAGCUGUUAGUGUUUUUAAUGUCUUGUUUUACUUUUAGUUGGGUCAGCUUUUGGGUGUUGUGCUGUAAUAUUUGAAUAGUUUGCCCUGUUGUGUAAAAUCUUCAAAAGAUCAUGGAGUGUGCUUUCACUUCAUAGAUAUAAUAUAUAUGCCCUUUCUCUUCAAUUAUUGGGGAUUUUCCUAAAACAGAUAUGCCCUUUUAUGAAUAUCCUUAAAUAAAGUCUUUUUUACUUAUUUG